AUGUCUUCUAUUCGACGUGUCAACAUCCCAUCCUGUAGAUCUUCUAAAGUGGAGGAGCAGCAACCCGACGGACCACAAGGGUGUAAAACGGAGUGGGACGAGAUCGGAUGUUGGCUGAGAGCUGACGUCGGGCAGGUGGUCAACGUUUCCUGCUCGGAAGUUUUUCAACACUUUUCCAGCAGUCAAGGCUAUGUUUACAGGAACUGCACCGCGGACGGCUGGUCCGAAAUGUAUCCACCCUACGAGGAGGCCUGCGCCUUCACUGAAGAGCCCGAAUCGGAGAUGAGCUACCUCUCAACGUUCAGACAGGUUUACACUGUGGGUUACGCCACGUCCCUCAUCUCCCUCAUCACAGCCAUAGUGGUGUUGACGGCCUUCAGAAAGUUCCGCUGCACCAGGAACUACAUCCACAUCAACCUCUUCUCCUCGUUUGUCCUGAGAGCCAGCGCCGUCUUCAUUAAGGACACGGUGCUGUUCGCCGACGAGACGCUGGACCACUGCUCCGUGUCCACGGUCGCGUGCAAGUCGGCCGUGGCCUUCUUCCAGUUUAGCAUCCUGGCCAAUUACUUCUGGCUGCUGGUGGAGGGCAUGUAUCUGCAGACCCUGCUCGCCCUGACCUUCGUCUCCCAGAGGAAAUACUUCUGGUGGUACAUUCUGAUUGGAUGGGGGCUUCCGUCAAUCGUUCUCGUACUUUGGGUGUUGACCAGAUUCUUCUACGAUGACAGAGGCUGCUGGGAUGACACAGACAGUGUCGGUAUUUGGUGGAUUAUUAAAGGACCAAUAACAGCCUCGCUUCUGGUCAACAUAGUCAUAUUCGUCAAUGUGAUCCGAAUUCUGGUCCAGAAGCUGAAAUCAUCAACCAUGGCCGGGAACAGCGACACUGGACAUUUUAUGAGGCUGGCUAAAUCCACCCUGUUCCUCAUCCCCCUGUUCGGGAUGCACUACACCGUGUUCGCCUUCCUGCCCGAGAACACUGGCGUCGCUGCCAGGCUCUACAUCGAGCUGGGACUGGGCUCCUUUCAGGGGUUCGUGGUGGCGCUCCUUUACUGCUUCAUGAAUGGAGAGGUCCAGGCAGAGCUGCGGAGGUGGCUGUGGAAGUGUCACAGUCAGAAUCAUCUGACUCCAGCCAAAAGAAGCAUCACUCAGAUCACAAUCCGAACCCAGAGGGGGCUCGGGGAGCCUCCUUCUUGUGGCAACAUCUCCUCUGUAUGACUUCAGAGACUGUCCAUAAGAAAAAAAAAUACAGAAAGGCAGAGACUCAAGCUGUAACUGCUGUUGACAUCAACUCAAAAACGCCUCUCUGAGAACACUGGACUAUAACUAACCCUGCUGAGCGACUGGAGACACGUGUCAGGAGGCUUUUCAUCAGCUGACGCUGUGGGGACGGUACACCACAUGCUCCUACACUGUGGGCUCUCCAACAAUAACCCAACAAAUGGGAACACUGGUGCUUGAUCUGGAUCUGAGUCACUGUAGAAUCCACAGUGGAAACGGAGGUGACGGAAAAAACCUUUCACGUGGUUUUGUUUACGGUUUGAACUACAUGGGUACGGUACGAACAAAUGUGGAGCGAUAGCUGAGGAAACAACGCAUGUUUGAGCUCGGCUGGAUUACGUGAAACGAGCUUGACUUGCCCAAUGGACUUGUCUUAUUGUUACAGGAGCGGUUACGUUAUCUUUGUGCAGAAUGAAAGGAUGUGUCUGACUUCUUCUUACUUACAUUUGAAUUGAUUUUUGUGUAGCUCUAUGAGAGAAAUCUCCCAACACAAAGAUUCAGAGGAACUGUAUUGAAGUGUGAAGCUGCAGUUCGUUGGUACAUUGUGUCUUAAAACACUUCUUAUUCGUAGGAGUUGUCUGAUUUGCUGAGCCAUCAUGGAAGAGUGUGUGUGAACAUUUAUGGCAUUGUCGGUUUUUAAUAAUAUGUUUUCAUUUCUAUUUGUUGCACUAGAGGUGAGUGGUACGGUGGUACAGUGGUUAGCCCUGCUGUCUCCCAGCAGGAACGUGCAGAGUUUGAACCUGCUGGAAAGACGGGACCUUUCUGGGCGGAGCCUCCGGGUACUCCAGGCUCCUCCCACAGUCUGAUGACAUGCAGAGCUUUUCCACUGAUGCAACGACAGCAUCUUCACUGGUUUUUAAAGUUCAUGAUUUGUGGCACUUUUGUGUUGCCAGGGUUGAUGAAUCAAAGAUUUAAAGCAAAACAAGUCACAAGAAUAUCUGUCUUAUGAUUGAAGUUCUGUGAACACAGGUUGGACUUUUGAACAGUGUUUAUUUGGGAUGAGAAAUAGCAGAAGUUGUAGCCUCUGUGUGUUCAUUUUGUUUUAAAUUUCUACUUUGAACAUUGAUAUUUAUACUAACAGUCUUUUUUGAAUGGAGUGAGAUUCAUGCCGUGAUAUUGUAAACACUUUCAAGGACUCAUUGGUAAUAAGUAAUAAGCAGAGCUUAACGAAUUGAUUAAUACCACUUCAAAAUGAAUCUUCACAUGAUAAACUGCCGUAGCCUCAUAUUUACCAUAAAUACUUGAGUUGUACUUCUCUUCUGAUACACUUAGAAAGAAACCACUUUCUCUAAAAUCCAUAACCAAAUUUACUUUGACAAAAUGCACUUGCAAGUGGUCUUAUGUGUAUUUAGAGUUAGCCUCGAAUUAUGUGGUGUGGUGUUGAGUACUGUAAAGAUACUUGUAUAAAGUUUAGGUUACUUUAGAUGGAAUCACUGGAAAACAUAAUCAUGAUUUGUUUUAUAGUCAUGGCUGAUAUUGACCUUAUUAGGAUUUAAAACAAAAUUAAAAAAAGUAUACAUAGUUUUUAUGGUUUCUUGUUGAACACAUGAUAUUUACCAAAAGUUUACUUCAACAGUACGAUUUUACAAUUUAGCAACAACAAAAAAAAUAUAACUGCUCUCAGAGUUCAGAUUGCUGCUUCCUCAGAUUUUUUUUUGUUAACUAUGAAUAUUGCACUGUUGUGUAACUUUAAGCACUUUGACUGUCGUCAGUGCGCAAUAUGUUUUAAUUUUGCACUUUAUUUUACAUUAAACUCUUUGUCUUUGUCAUUGUGCUUCUCGUGGAGCUGGUGAAGGUUGGUG